UGGUAGCUGAAGAUCAUUCAUUCAAACAGAAACUCCGUGCUUCAGCGCCCACGCACUUCGCCCGAGAUCACUACAAACAAAAUAUUUUUUGGGCCCCACCUUAAAGCUGACAGCACUCGUAACAAGCACAUUGUCAUUCUGUUGUCUAAAUUUGUUCUACAGUGGUUCAACUAAGCUCCUCUGUCGUCAGGUUUUCUAGAACUUAUCACUGGACUGUUAUAGAAGAGUUGGAAUACUUCAGUGAUUUUGGGAGAUGCUGAAAUGGACGAAGUAUGGGCGUAACCGAGACGAGGAAAAAAGGGUAGACAGGAUUUACGAAAACUCUCAGCAGCAGUUGGAUAGAAAGCAAGUUUCCUUCUCGGAAGAUUCAAUAGCGGCAGAUACAGAUAGCGGAUGUUGGGUAGACAGACAAGGAGAGGGUCAUGUGUCGUCUGCCACUUGUACAGGAAGUCCGUCAUUUGAUGUAAUCGAUUACACGUGUACGUCUGUCGCAGACAUUAGCAAGGGCGAGUCUGAAGGAAAACUACCGCCUUUACCCAGAUCUGACUUUCCGUCGGCCCAUCAGUCGACUUCAUCGUCAUUAAAACACUCCCUGUCAUCACCCGUGCCAAUUAUAGUGGUGCAAGAUUGUUCGGGUGAUUCUUUAACCAACAGUCGAAUUUUAUCAAAAUCUUCGUGUGAAAUUCUUGGAUUACAAACUGCAGCAUUACCAAAGCAACCAGUGAUACCAUUACUGCCAAGUGACUCCAAAAUGGCAUCAGAACUACCUGACGUCACUUCCUCUUCUGUCUCAAACUCAAACCCGGAAGAGGAAAUUAUUGGACCCGAGUUGCCAUGGGAAAAUGAGAGACUAAGCGUGCGUGAACUGGCAGACAAGGAUGUUCUUCCGUGCGUGGCAAGCUUCUUCCCUGACCAUAGCGGGCCAGAUUCAGAAGGUCAAGGUCUGAGCCCGGGUCUACGUCUUUAUGCACGUCAGCCAGUUCUGCUUCAUGAGAGAGCAAAGAGUCGACAAGCGAAGGCCAGGACUAUUUAUCGUGAUAAAGGCGGUGCUUACUACGAAGUUGGGCAGACAUUGAUUAUUCCAGAUAGUUAUAAAGGUUGGUUCGAGAUAGUCCCCUCAGACUUCAGUCGUUCUACAUGCUUCCAGACCAUCGAAGAAGUCGCCAAGACCAUGCCCUCUAGAUUUUUCAGCAGGUCACACAUCACAGCAAUCAGAAUCGAGGGUGAAGGAGACAGUCAGAAAUACCUGGAAAGGAGAGUUCGUGCUGGGUCGGUGCUUGAAACUAAAGGGUUGUUCACGGCGAAAUGGAAGACACAGGCUGUGACGGGCAUGCUACGCAAGAAGACGACAGAGUGGCUACUGCAAGAGGUCACCUACCUCAAGUGUCUGGACAAGGAGGAAGUCGAAAUACUCGUGCCUCUCUCACAUAGGGGGAAAUUCAACGCCAUCUACAAGCGAGGUCAGAUCUCCCAGAACGCUGUAUACUCCAUGAAAGAUGUACUCAGUGACCUUACUUUGCCUGUCAAAGUGCGGCUGCUCUAUGGAAAAGCGCCUGUUGUACCAUGUAUUUUCACGGGCAUGAUGAUCCUCCGAGAUGCUAAAAUAGGGGAGUCAGUCGUAGGCAGCACAAUUCUCAACUCCCGGAAUGUCCUCUUUGAAUUGCCCCUGGGCGCUCCGAUUAAGAUAAGGUUGGCAACCAAUGACGAAGCCUUACAGGAAAUGACGUCAUACAAGGAUGGACAAAAGCUGUGCAGGAAGUACGCCCACAUGUACGGAUCCAUGAUUAAACUCUCCCCCGACCUUGACACUAAUCAAAAGACCAUUAUGCACGUGCCUACUGACCCGUCCCUCCUGGAGCAAGCAGAUGAAGCCCUGCGUGCCCUUGACCUUAUUACAGACAUCAGUUUGACGGGAGAACCCGAAGAUCAUCUCUUGGAUUCUGCUUCUGAUUCGGCAUCGACGGGCAGCGCAGAGCCUUCUGUUGUUCCUAAGGGGGGAACUCUGGCUGAGCUCAGCGAAUAUCGCAGUCGCGAGUCACAGACACACGUGUAAACUUAUGUGAUAAGCUGAAUUAAAACUGAGUGGUGCUUGUUUGAGAACAUAAAUCAUAUUGUUAAAAAUAAAUUGUGACCUUCCCUUCCCCCAACCCAAUUCUUAAAUCAAGUUAAGAGUGUUUGUCGAUAAUGCUUUAACGGCGUCCCAAUUGUGAGCCUACAGAGAAUAGAGACUUCUAAUACGGGGUGCCCACUACGGACGGGAUCGGCCCGAUCCAGCUGUAGUGGGCACCUCGUAUAAUGUCCAUUGUAGGUGAAGUAAGUUUCGAAUGGAGAGUUCAAGUAUAUUUGUUUUACCCAUAACUUUUUUUGUGUACACUCUUUGGCCUUCUUUGAACUUCAACCAUGAGGGGAGAAUAGACAGUAAAACGUAGCAGUACUACUUAAGAGUUCACAUGUGCCUUUAUUCUGUACUUACAAGGUCGCUUAUUGUACAUACGAAAAAUGCAGAUGGGGAUUUGUCCUGGAAUCAAUGUUUUCAAAUUGCAUGUGCUCUCUGCAAUGUCCACCGUUACUCCUGUUGAUAUCACUCUGGACUACACUGUCGGUUUGCUCUGCUUAAAACCCCUAUCAGGAUAUUCCAGAAUGUGUGUCAUUUUCGGAAAUUUUCAUUGCUCUCCACAUCACAUACUUGGCUCAGCCCUAUUGGCUGUUGGAGUUACACGUGACUUUGGGUCCCAACUCUGACGUACCUUUGCAGUGUUGAAAAGGGACCUAAAACCCCUACCAUUAUUAUCAUACUAUGGUUCCAUUGAAGUUAACAAUACAGCUGAGGCGCCCAUUCAACAGAAGAACCGGUUGAUGACCCUGUAGUUAGUGGACGCCAUAUCUCAGAGAAAGUGCGUCAGACAAAAGGAAUCAUCUUAGACGGAUGAUUGGCGGGAUGUCUCCUUGAGCAAGGCAAGUUGAUCACCGCUCAUACUCAGGGUGCUGCACUGCUGAGCAUAGAAAUGGCUUGUUAUUGUUUGAAAUCUUUACGUUGUAUGAUGGUGUGUACAAAAAUAUUGAUUGUAGGUUGUCAUUAUAAAGGCAUUAGUCACUGAAUAUCAAGUACCCGG